CGUUUAGAAAUGACCUGUUUAAAGAAAUCAGAGUUUAGACCCAACCACCAGGAGGAAUGGAAAAUACCGACUUUAGUCGCUGUAGAAAAACAGCCAUCUAUCAUAGCAUGAAAAACGUCUUAAAAGUGAGCGCUCUAGGAAAUAUCAUACUUUUACUGAUAUUGUUGUGUUUGAAAUCUUUGUUACCGUGGGCUGAUGUAGCCUUACCACCGCCUACCACUGCCUAUCGAGGCGCUCAAACAGAAACAACCAACGUUGGAAGCGGAGCAGUUUGCAUAGCAUGUAGUUUCUAUGGCAAAGACUUUCGGACCACUCUCUAUGAUAAUAUCAUCACAACAAACAGCAAUGUCACCUUAUGUUGUUUGGAUAAUGACACCUUUAUACAGGAUGUCAUCUUAGAGUUGGCUGACUCACCGGGUAACCAAUAUGUCUAUGAAGGACAAUCAGUUCACAAACUAAAUUGGUGGACUGAACGAAAUUAUGCUGCACAUCUUUAUGCUGACUACCGUUCCGAUGACAGAACUUUAACAUGGACCACCACAAGACACAGUACGUCAUUCCUACGAAACCUAAAACUGUCUACUGACGACAAGAGGAAACUGACCGUCCCUGAUACAGCUGGCGCAGGCAAUUACUUCGUAUAUUCCAUGAUCACUUUUGAUUUCCUUAACGAAGCAAUCAUUAAACACAAACAGAUAAUCACACACAUCAUUCAUAAAUCUAACAAUCCACUAGGAAACUAUGAAGGAAGAGAUAAUUGGCUUUGGCAUUCGACAUUCGGAGAUGAGGAUAUGUCUACACGACAGACAUCUUAUCUCAGUGGUGUUAUAAGUCUAAGCCCGUCGGACACCAUUUGGGUAGAAGCAUUCUCAUUCUCCCGAAUAGAACGUGAUUCAUCAGCAAAAUAUAUCGAUGUCUCCUCGCUAUACAAUAACUUUUUUGGAAUGUUUAAACUAGAUUAAACAAAUUGAAGUUUUAUUAAAAUCACAGACAUUCGAAAUGUUACCUACUUCCACCAAUGAUGCAAGUAAAUUUCAUAUUUUGUCUAUUGUAUACUUGUAUACAUAAUUGCAAUAUAUCUUUCUCCUGCUAACGUUAAUUUAUAUUACUGGUUUAUAUAGACGAAACAUCAGUGUUGGUGGUGUUGCUCUAUUUGCCUGUAUGAAUAUGUGCAGUGGGGAAGAAAAUAUUUCAAUGGUUAAAGAUAAAAACAACUAAUUUUCUUUUUUUAAUUUAACUUGUAAGGGAAAAUGCGUAUCAUAAACGUAUGUAUUUCAAAGAUAUUACAGUUUUUAACUAACAUUUUAAUUGCAUAUUGAAAUCCAACAAGGCAAUACAUAUGAGAUAUUAAAACUCCAAAUGAAAAAUUAGACGCGAUUGUGUUUGAUCAAAUGACUUGUUUUAAAUCACUUCACCUUAUUUACCUUACAAUUUAGAAUUUUAUUAGAUAACAAUAAAACAAUGUGUAGUUAUCAAGGUAAAAUUGAUUUACAAAUGCUAGUCUAUGCUUAAAAUAAAGCUAAAAAUAUUAGUUUGUAAUUACCAAUGAUAAUUAAAACCAAUCCUUACAGUAACAUACAGAAAAUAUACAAAUAAUAAUAUAGGCAUUGAUAAAUAAUAUUUGCUAAUUCUAUAUUUUAUCUUCCUUGUAACCCCAAUAAAUAUAAUUACAUAACAGUAACAUACACAACAUACACAAAAGAUUAGAUAGGACUUGAUUUUUAUGGGCACUGUAAUAUUUUUUUGCCCAAGAUCUCCCUAUAUCUGACUGGUACAUAUAAAAUAAAAUUGUACAACUGUCCACAGCGGUGUCUGUGUAGUGUAAAACACCAACGUGACCUGGAUUUGCUCACCACACCUCAGCAGGUUUGGUUUUCCCAUUUAAUCUAUUUUUAGCGUGUGUGAAAACCAAAUGUAUUAGGCAGUCGUCAUAUCCAGUGUUAUCCGCUGUCGAUUCGACUCAUCACACUAUUGUUGUAUAUAUGACUGUACAAUGUUAAGUCAUGGAGGACGUUACCAAGAGUAAGUGUUAUAUUAGGUUAAAACUGGCAUAUAAGGUGUCCAUGGUACUCAAUGUUGUGAUUGUUAUGGCACUGAUUUGUCUGUAUCUAACACGACAAUUUUAUGACCGUAAUCUGCAGGACACUACACUUUUACAGCAGUCACAUGUAGAUACAAUACCCGACACAAUAUGUCUGUCCUGUUCUUAUUUCGGUGAAGCGAUUCAGACCGAGGAAAAUGUUUUAUAUGACAACAUAUUUAAGACACAAGGAGGCCAUCUGUGCUGUUUCCACGAUGAACAUGGAAUUCAAGAUAUGUUUUUAAAGAUGCUGAACGAAGAAAACAUGAAUGAAUCAUCAUCUUCAUCAGAUGAAGGGGUGACCCGAAGGAUGCAAUGGUGGCGAAACCGGGAUUUCUCUGCUCAUUUAUACCGUGAAUCUACCAAUAUACCUGGAAGUGAUAUGACGUGGACUUCUAAGGAUUUUUUAGGAACUGGCUUCAUCAGAAAUUUAACAUUGUCCGAAAAGUCAAAAAUCCAAUUGGACGACGGACUGGGAGCAGGAAUGUAUUUUAUAUAUUCUUUGAUCACAGUGACAUCUAACAAUCCCUCAAGGCGUCUCCCAGAGGGUGCUCAUAUUAUAAACAAAUCUAAUAAGGAAGUGUUAAAUAAUAUCCCAUCCAGUCUGGCAUUCAGACGUUUUGGUGGAAAUAACAAUGAGAAAAAUGACUCUUACACUAGUUUUCUGUGUCUAACGGAGUAUCUGAAUAUAGGUGACGAAAUUGAAACAAAGCUAACAAUAAAAAAUGUGUCAAAUUAUGGAAACGGUGGAAUGUUCUCAAAUUACUUCGGAAUGUUCAAACUAUAAUAUUGCAAAUCGUGAUACUUUAAUACGCAAGGAGAGUCAAUCUCGAAUUGAAAGCCCAUGAGGUUAUUUGUUUGAUAUCAAUGGUACCCAUUUCCGUUGACUAUAUAGAAUGACCAAAUCACAUACAUUAUAUAUCACUUAAACGACAUGCCCAUAUUGCUGACUAGUUGGACAUAAUGGCGUCAUUCAUAUGACAGCUAUACGGUCGGAGAUUGAGUUGGAAAAUUUCGAUGCUAUUUUGUGUUAAUGCUGGGAUGACUUUAAAUUGUAUGAAACGAAGCGAAAUAAAAUACUGCACAAACAUAUCUGGGCAAUUGAGGUCAUCUUCCAUGCAUUGUGAAUCACUGUUGAAUUGUUUUAUGUGUCUCACAUUCGAGGAUUGUUCCCAGUUGUAAGCUUCUUAAGUCCAUGUACUAUACAUGGGUGAGCUUGUCUAUUCUCUGGUACGCAUCACAUGCCUUAAUCACAUUGCUUUUCGUGUAAAGUCACAUGAAUCACAAGAACAAUUUUGAUAAGACACAUAAUAUUGACGAAACCCCUAUCUGAUUAAUCAUGGAAUAUAGACGGUUCCCCUAUUUGAUAAGACACAGAAUAUAUACGUACCCCUUUUUGAUAAGACAGAGAUUAUAAACCGAUUAUAACAACCCAUCCCAACCCCACCCCACCCCAAAGUCAGGACAUAUGAAACCAGGUGUUCUUGAAUAAUAUACAUAACAAUAUAUAACUAUUGUUAUAUAACUACAGCCUUUACUAGAGUUAAACAAAAUGAUACUCCAAAUUACCUUUAAUGGUGUCCAGCAUUUGACUUAGCGUGUCAUUUCUCGUGAUAAACAUAGAACUACUUAGUAAUAUAUCUUUCUCUAUAUCUUCACGGAAUGCCAUUGCAUUUUGGUUCAAACAAACGUAUACAGAAAAACAAUACUCGCAGCACAGACAAACACUUUGUCGAAACAGUCAGUGAUUCUAAUAAAGAAAAUGCCAUACUUUUACAUUGCAUAGGUAAAAUAAUAUAUAUAUAUGGUAAUAUGCCAACAAAACUUUUAUUAUGGUAUGUGAGGGUGUGGUAUGUGAGGAUGUGUGGUAUGCUUUGUUGUGUGGUAUGUGAGGGUGUGUGGUAUGUGAGGAUGUGUUGUGUGUGAGGGUGUGUGGUAUGUGAGGGUGUGUGGUAUGUGAGGGUGUGUGGUAUGUGAGUGUGUGUGUGUUAUGUGAGGGUGUGUGUUAUGUGAGGGUGUGUGUUAUGUGAGGGUGUGUGGUGUGUGUGGUAUGUGAAGGUGUGUGGUAUGUGAGGGUGUGUGUUAUGUGAGGGUGUAUGUUAUGUGAGGGUGUGUGGUAUGUCAGGGUAUGUUUUUAUGUGAGGGUGCGUGGUAUGUGAGGGUGUGUGGUAUGUGAGGGUGUGUGUUAUGUGAGGGUGUAUGUUAUGUGAGGGUGUGUGGUAUGUCAGGGUAUGUUUUUAUGUGAGGGUGCGUGGUAUGUGAGGGUGUGUGGUAUGUAAGGGUAUGAUAUGCGUUGUUUUGUGAGGAUCUGUACGUGUGUGGUAUGUGAGGGUGUAUGGUAUGUGAAGGUGUGUGGUAUGUGAGGGUGCGUGGUAUGUGAGGGUGUGUGGUAUGUCAGGGUAUGUUUUUAUGUGAGGGUAUGGAUAUGCGUUGUUUUGUGAGGAUCUGUACGUGUGUGUUAUGUGAGGGUGUGUGGUAUGUGAAGAUGUGUGGUAUGUGAAGGUGUGUGUUAUGUGAGGGUGUGUGGUAUGUGAGGGUAUGAUAUGCGUUGGUGUGUGAGGAUGUACGAUGUUAUGUAUUGCAGUACUUGUUUCCAGCUUUAUUGUCAUUGCUUUAUGUUUUAUUUACAAAGACUACGUUAAAAUUCAUAAAGAGUAUAAAUUGUAACAGUAUUUGUACGUUUAUCUGCGAUAAAUUUGAAGUUACUGUA